AAAAAAAAAAAUAAUAAUAAUAAUAAAAACAAAAAUAAAGUAUUUCACAUCCAAAGCCGCAUUGGUGACUGAUUCGUGUAGCCUUUUAAAACAGCUGUGGUUCUCGCAAGCCUGUCGCUUGACUGUCACUGCAAUUAUGUUGUAGCACAGAGGGGCAAAAUAUCAAACAAGAUGAGAGAGAGAGAGAGAGAGAGAGAGAGGGAGAGAGAGAGGAAAAUAAUGCACGCAGAAGGGAGGAGGGUUUUCAAGAGACGGGAGUGGUGCGAGCGGUGCACAUGAUGGCAUGAGAGUGGGAAAGAGCCAGCCAGCAAGGAUUUUUAUGUCCUGGUGCAUGUGUGAGUUUCAUUGGGGGGGAAAAAAACAGACACCUCUCAACAUUAGAACAAGAAAAGUUGUAUUAAGGAGAAAGUAGAAUGAGCUGAACUUGUCUUAAACUCGCAGCCCCCGUCCCCAAAAAAUGGAUUUCAUCACGCUUUACCGUUUAGCAUCGAGAGUUCAUUCUGAUCCAGAGCUGCUUUUCUUUGUGCCGUUAUGCUUUUUCUGUGAGUAAAAAAACAACAACUACAGCCUGUCCUGAUCCAACUUGGCUGGCGAUCCAUUGAGAUGACUUCUUCAUACAGGCUCCCAAGUGGAAGAGCGACCAUGUUGCUGCACUGAGGAGCAGGGAAACACGCGAGAGGCCCCAGAGGAGCGCUGAGGUGGUGGCCGGCCGGCCCCGUUGGUGUGCCCCUCCUCCCCGACUGGCCGGCGAGCUGCUCCCCCUUCACGUCAUCUGAUUGCUGCUUAGGCUUACUAUGGCCUGCACUUCACCUCCUGCUGCAGUCCAGCCAAGUGCACUACCUUAGUGGCUUCUUCACUGCGCCUUCCUCUCCAGUGUUUCCCACCCAGUCUCACUGUAAAACGUGUACAAACGAUCUGAUACCACCCAGAGAAACUCCUGGGUCCUGCACCCAACCCCUUCCCGUCUCCCACCCUCUCCCUCUCCCAGAAGAAGAUGUCAGUUAGCCCGACACCAGACAUCCAGAAGGAGGGAGAGAGUGGGCCAUUCAUCGAGCUCUGCAGUCGAGGAAAGACCUCCCCUCAGCCACAGGGCCUCAAGGAAGGGACAGGAGAAGGUCUGGAGCCUGACGAUAGCUCCUCACACGAUGUACAGAAACGGGCUCCUAACCACAGUCAUGGCAGGAAAAGGGCCAAGUCUAAUGCUAAACUGAAGCUGGUGAGGAGUCUGGCAGUAUGUGAGGAGUCUUCUGGUCUCUUCUCCAAUGAUGGCCCUCCAGAAUCGGAUAUCAUCCAGCUUCACAUCAGCUGUCCAUCAGACAAGGAAGAAGAGAAGUCCUCCAAGGAUGAGUUUGAAAAUGAAGAGAAGGAGAAGAAGGACAAGGGUCCACGGAAGAUGUUAUCGCGUGACUCCAGUCAGGAAUACACCGACUCCACGGGUAUCGAUGUGCAUGAGUUUCUGGUCAACACACUGAAAAACAAUCCCAGGGAUAGAAUGAUGCUGCUCAAACUAGAACAAGAUAUCCUGGAGUUCAUUAAUGACGACAAUAACCAGUACAAGAAGUUUCCUCAGAUGACAUCAUAUCACCGCAUGCUGCUGCACCGCGUGGCUGCCUACUUUGGCAUGGAUCACAAUGUGGAUCAGACGGGCAAGGCGGUCAUCAUCAACAAGACGGGCAACACGCGCAUCCCCGAGCAAAGGUUCUCGGAACACAUCAAGGAUGAGCGCAACAUGGACUUCCAGAAGAAAUUCAUUCUCAAGAGAGAUGAUGCCAGCAUGGACAAGGAUGAUAAUCAGAUCCGUGUCCCACUGCAGGACGGCCGGCGUAGCAAAUCCAUCGAGGAACGAGAGGAAGAAUAUCAGCGGGUACGAGACCGGAUCUUUGCCCGAGAAGUGUCCUUUUUUUUACAGUCCUCUCAGAAUGGAUACAUCAACGACAACAGAGGGAACCGCGAUAGCUCCAGCCGGGCAUCCAACAGUCGUCAGAGCAGCACAGACAGCGACAUGAAAUGCUUGGAGCCGCGGCCCUGGAGCAGCACCGACUCAGACAGCUCCAACCGCACGCUGCGGCCUCCCGUCACCAAGGCCAGCAGCUUCUCUGGAAUAUCCAUCCUGACCCGCGGGGACAGCCUCGGCAGCAACAAAGGCUCCCAGGGAAGCUGCAAAGGCUCUCGCUCCUCCUCCCAGUCCAGCCGUAGCCUGCUCCCGUGCCCAACGCAGCCUCCCCAGCAACCGCAGCCCCAGGCCCUGUCUCAGACCGCGUUGCUGCCGACCCCGCAGCAACACCCGAUGGGCAACCACAUCAUUGCUCAGCCGGUAGCAUCUCUGCAGCCCUCUCAGCCUGUCUCCUACACCAGCCCCUCCUGUCCCCAGGUUCUCCUGCCAGUUUCUCCUCCCCAGCAGUACACUAUGGGAGAAGAACUGGCACCCCAGUUCACCCAAAUGACGCUGAGCCGCCAGGGCUCCAGCGAGAACUCUGAGCCUCCCCCCUUGUACCAGGCUCCUCCGACUGUCCUCUCCCAGCACCCCCCUCCUCAGACCAGCUACAUCAUGGCGACCACCGGCCAGCCCAUUCCUCCUCCGUCUGGCUACCAGCCUGCAACAGGGCAUCCCCACCCUCCGCCGCCGCCGCCGCCGCCUCCGUCUCAGGCCGUCAUGCAGGCGCCGCCCCCGCAGGGCUACAUGCAGCCACCUCCGCCCCAGCAGAUACAAGUUUCAUACUACCCCCCUGGUCAGUAUCCCAGUUCAGGCCAGCAGUACCGUGUGGCCCAGCCCAUGUCCCACCAGGUGUCUUACCCCGCUCAGCGCACACAGCCCAUGCCUCAGCCUGCACAACAGUCAGGUCUACAGACCAUGAUGCCCAGCCAGCAGCCCAGCUACCAGGGCAUGAUCGGGGUGCAGCAGCCGCAAAACCCCACUCUUCUCAACUCCCAGAGAGCUGGCAUUGGAGGACAAAUGCAAAGUAUCGUGGUGCAGUAUCCGCAGAUGCAAUCCUAUCAGGUGCCAGUGGCAAACGAAAGUCAGCAGGUGGUGCAGCAGCAGUACCAGCAGCAGGUGAUGGUGCCGGUCAGCCAGUCGGUCCAGGGCCCCAUGCCUGUUUACUACAGUGUUAUCACACCCACACAGCAAAGCAGCACAAGCCCAUCAGUAGGCUACCUGCAGGCCCCCAGCUCUGAUCAGUAUCAAAUCGCACCAUCUCCGUCCCCCUGCAACCCUCAGCAGUUACAGCAGCAAUAUUCAGGAGUCCCGCCUCCUGGUCCCGGAGUCAUGGUAAUGCAGCUCAGCGUCCCUAAUGGACCCCAGCCUCCCCAGAAUCCUCCGCUGGUCCAGUGGAACCCGUGCAAGUACUACAGCAUAGAGCAGAGGCCCAGCAAGCCGGGAGAGCUCUACAAAGUUGACAACACUCCACAGCCCAGCACCCAACUGACGAGUCCGCUGGCCUCUCCGACUCAGUCUCCCACCCCGUCACCCUCUGGUAGCGUCAGCAGCGUCUGUCCUGGCCUGGGACCAUUACCCAUCAUUCCCCAGUUUCCACGGCCGGGAGGGACAGCUCCAGGUGACGGCCGCUACUCUCUAUUGGGACAGCCCCUCCAGUACAGCCUGUGCCCGCCUCAGCUUAUGCAUGGCCAGUCGUCAUACAACUCCCAUCAGGGCCAAGGAGUCAUGAAACACAGCGCACGAGGGAAAAAGCAAACGCUCAAAUCUGCAUCCACGGAUCUCGGCACCACAGAUGUUGUGGUGAGUCGCGUGCUGGAAGUAACGGACCUGCCCGAAGGGAUUUCACGUCCAGAUGCCGAAAAGCUCUUCAACCAGCUGUCGCUGUGCGGCGCCAAGAUCCAGUGGCUGAAGGAGCCUCAGGGAGGCCGGGGAGGCUGCGGACCCGCCGGGGCCUCGGGCGUGGCGGGCGGCGGCGACCCGGCCCACCUGUACACAGUGGUGGCCGUGUUCCCCAGCACCAUGGCUGCCCAGAGUGCUUCCUUCAAACUGAACAACAGCGCGGCCGGUCUCUUCAAACUGAGGGCCGCCAAAAAGAGCUAUGACCUGCGUGUGCUGGAGAGAGCCAGCUCUCAGUGAGAGGACGGCACACGCGGACUCUCGGCGUGGAGCGGCGGAGUAAGCUCGGAGGACUGAGGUGGGUCGGGGCGAGGGACUGCUCUUGGUGUACCAUUGCAAAGAAAGAAAAAAAAAAAAAAAAAAAAAACCUUAAACGUGU